CGACAGAAACCCUAUCUGAUUUAAAAGAGGAAGUAGGCAUGGUCUGUUUUUAAAUGAGCAGACAUUCAUUAAUCACUAGCUGUCUAACGGCGAACACAGGACAACAAGACAAGACUUCAUAGUAAACAAAGUAGCUUUGGUCGACACCAUGAAGAUUGCAUCUUUUAACAUCAGACGCCUGGGUCCAAGCAAGCUGUCAGACAAAAACAUCGUAAAAUAUCUCAUUAAGAUCUUCUCUCGGUACAGUGUAAUCAUUAUGCUGGAGGUGGUGGACAAAUCGGGCAAAGCUAUAGAAAAAUUCCUGCAGGAGCUCAACAGCACUGGCGCUAAUAAGAAACGCCCCUUCACUAUGGUGGGAAGCUCCAGGCUGGGACGGACGCUUUAUAAGGAACAGUUUGUCUGUUUUUACAGAGAAGAUGAGGCUGAACUGGUCGACACGUACCAAUAUGAAGACAAUCAAGAGGGUGACGAGGACGCUUUCUCUCGAGAGCCUUUCAUUCUGCGCUUCAAGUGUAAACACACAGAGCUGAAAGAUCUGGUGCUGAUUCCUGUUCACACAAAGCCCAAAGACUCACAGAAGGAACUGGAUGAACUAUAUGAUGUGUUCCUGCAUGUCAAAGAUAAAUGGAAAACGGAUAACGUCAUGAUCCUUGGCGACUUCAAUGCAGACGGCGCCUACGUCUCCAAGAAGAAGAUGAAGGGCAUCAGAAUCCGCAGUGAUCCUGAUUUCCACUGGCUGAUUGGGGAUGAUGUUGACACCACAGUCAUACAGUCCAACGACCACACCUACGACAGAAUUGUGGUGUAUAAAGACGACAUGUUACAAGCUGUGGUGCCAAGAUCUGCAAAGCCUUUUAACUUCCAGGAAGCCUACAAACUUUCAGAGGAAAUGGCCCUGGAGAUCAGUGAUCAUUAUCCAGUGGAAGUGAGUCUGAAGAAGAAGUCGCCUGCGGCAAAGACUAGCGGCAAAACCAAAAAAAAGAAAUGAAAAGCGUGAUGGGAUACCAGUGCACAGCGUAUGGGAUCUGAAACCUCAUUCUUCUGAAGGAGAGAUGCUACCUCUUCAUAAAUUAAAAUCAGGGCUUAAAAUAACUUAUUUUAGUUUGUCCUGGUGAAAAGUCUUCUAAAUCUUGCAAAAGUAGUGCUAAAGAUGUAGAGUUCCAGAAGUCAAAAUAAGACUUAAUAGCACAAAGCCAUAAAGCCGAGACACCUGCAGGACCAUCUCAUUUGCAACUCAAGACUUUUAUAGUUUUAACCAAUGCAGGUGCUCUUCUCCCUUUCCCUAUCUGGAAUCUCCUCAGUACUCCCCAACACUUUCAUCAGGUUACUUCAUUAAUUGUCCGUCUUGUUCUCUUUGUUAGGGUGGCCAAACAGUCUACAUUUUUACCUCAUUAUUUUUAUCAAGAAAACAUGUUCAAGGCCACGAAAACCAAAAAAAAGCAACUCAUUAUCAGUGCAGAUGCAAACUGCAAGCAACUUCAGUUAAAAUCCCAUUUUUCCCUCACAGUCAUGUAUGCCAUGAGGCCUUCAAAACAGAUCUGGCUUUUAUAGUAUGUUUUCUAAUGGAUAAAUAAAAUAUUUCCUCAAGUUCUCUAGAAUUUAAAUGCCAACAAGUUUGAAAUGAACAUGGAAUCUCCAAAUAAACUUUUCACUUUUUUUA